AUGUCUUUGAUUCCCAACACCACCGUAUACCAAUUCACGCCAACCCAGGAUUGGUUCUCACACAACAUACAGAGCUGGACCGAUCUGUUUCCCUUAAUACGCUCCGACAAGCCCCGUGUCCUCGAAGUUGGUUCUUGGGAGGGAAGAUCGGCAGUGUUUCUCCUCAAUAAUGUCUGCAAAAGUGGAGGAGAAAUCGUAUGCAUUGAUCACUUUGACCUUCUCCGAACCUCCGCUGGCCAGCAGCGAUACGCAAAAAUCAAACAUAACCUCGAGGUGACAGGAAAAAGACAUCGGAUCCUCCCCCAAUUCAGCAUUCCAGGUCUUAUGAGCCUCUUAUCGGAAGAGUUAGGAUCCAAAAACCCUGGUUUUGACUGGAUUUACAUAGAUGGAUCGCACCGAGCGGACGACACCAUGCUUGAUGGGGAGUUGGCGUGGCGCCUAGCGAGGAAAGACGCGAUUAUCAUCUUCGACGAUUAUCACUGGAACAAGGAACCUGAGGGGAGUAUUCAUCACCCUAAGAGGGGAAUUGAUGCAUUUUUGGCCCUUCACCAUGGAGAGUAUGAACGUCUGACAGAUGACGAGCAUUAUCAAGUUGUUGUCCGAAAAGUGGCCGAAAUGCGAUUGGGUUUCCUACUGGAAGGCAAUCAUCCAGUAGACGAAGUGAUGGAGUACGAAAUCAAUAUAGCGCUCGCCGUCAACUCUGGAUAUGCCAUAGGCGCUGCUGUAUCAAUUCUCAGUGUUGUUGAGAGGACCCCAGGACGGAUUACACUGUUCGUUAUUGAUUGCGGACUGGUUAGGACAGAUAAGGACAGGUUCCUGGACAUCAUUUCAGCUCAGGGGGAUAGAGUAACGUUGCAAUUUUUGGAGCUACCUGACGAUGGUCUUGCAAAGGCAAUGGGGCCGGUAUGGGCGAAGAUUGACAUGUUGGGCAUCCUUCCCGUCGAACGCGUGCUCUACCUAGACGCUGACAUCCUUGUGCGCGAAAGUGUCCGCGCCCUCUGGAAUACAGACCUGAAAGGAAAGACGAUAGCUGCCGCCCCUGACGUGGGGUAUCCUAUGGGUCACGAUAAAGACAAAAGACGGCCGUACUUUAAUGCGGGAGUCAUUCUCGUCGAUUUAUCGCGCGCACGACAAAAUUCUACUGCUUUGACACAACUUGCAAAGUCAAUGAAAAACGCUAAACACCUUGACCAGGAUGCUCUGAAUUUGCAUUUUCAAAACGACUGGCUUUCUUUGGAUCUGAAAUGGAAUGCCCAGGGAUUAGGGACCUAUGCGCAAUAUCCAUCGGAUGAUCGGAAUGCACUUGACCUUAAUCCAAUGAAAGAAGAUCCGCACAUUGUUCAUUUCACCGGACCUGUCCACCCCACGCUGAUUGAAAUUCUGAAUCCGUACGUACAACCUCCGACAGCAAAGCCCUGGGGAUAUGUGGGAUCGCCUGGUCAUCCAUUCGAGAGCGAGUGGUGGAUUUCUUUGGAGAAAACGUCCUGGAAAGUAGUUAGGACUUCAGCAGAUUGGGAAGCCAGGAAUGAAGACAUGAAGAACCGGGCUAUCGAGGCGGCGACUCGGGAUUUUUUGGAGGUGUUGGCAAGGACAAACAACAUGAAAAAAUAA